CUGUUAUCACAACAAUAACAAUGAUUGCGUUGAUAUUGUCGGUGGCUGCAUGGUUGCUUGGAGUAGUUGCUGUUAUUUUCGGAUGCCUACGACAAUGGCUUCUACACCGUAGACGGAAGCUACAUAGCCCGUCAGAGGAUAGAUUGCAUGUUGGCAUUUUUCACCCAUACUGUAACGCCGGUGGUGGGGGUGAGCGAGUCUUAUGGUGUGCAGUAAGAUCUUUACAGAACAAGUACGAUAAUAUUAAGAUCGUAAUUUAUACGGGAGAUAUUGAUGCUACGCCUAGUUCUAUUCUGGAGAAGGCAAAGAAUGUGUUUAAUAUUGCACUGGAUGUGGACAAAAUAACUUUCGUAUUUUUAAAACAACGUCACUGGGUUGAGGCCAGGAAAUAUCCACACUUUACGCUGCUGGGACAGAGUUUAGGUUCAAUUGUCUUAGGCCUAGAAGCUGUCUGUAAAUUUCCACCAGACAUUUUUAUUGAUACAAUGGGAUAUGCAUUUACUUUCCCAGUGUUUCGUUUCUUAGCUGACUGUCGAGUUGGCUGUUAUGUGCAUUACCCAACAAUUAGUACUGAUAUGCUUAAAAGAGUACAGUAUCGACACACAGCUCACAAUAAUAAAGCUUAUGUUGCAAGAAACCCAUUUCUAACCAGGAUUAAAUUAGUCUAUUAUCGCCUAUUUUCUAAGAUGUACAGGUUUGCGAGCCGAUGCUCCGAGACUAUAAUGGUGAAUUCGUCGUGGACUGAAAAUCAUAUUUUGGAGCUGUUAGAUGUGCCAUUCAAAACUUUUCGAGUAUAUCCUCCUUGUGAAAUAGAACAUCUGAGAAAGCUUGAACACAUUGAGAAAAAUGAUGAGAUUGUGAUAUUAUCUGUAGGACAAUUUCGGCCGGAAAAAAAUCACCCGUUACAAUUACAAAUAUUGUAUGAGUUAAGAACUUUACUGGCACGAGAUGAGGACCUUUGGAAUCAAAUACGCCUAAUCAUUGUAGGAUCGUGCCGGAACGAAGAAGACUAUGAAAGGUUACAGAACAUGAAGGACCUAGCAAAACAUUUGUCUCUUGAAAAUUCUAUAGAUUUUAAAGUAAAUGUUCCAUAUGAUGAUCUUUUGAAAAUGUAUGAAACCACUAAAAUUGGCAUACAUACUAUGUGGAAUGAGCACUUUGGUAUUGGAAUUGUGGAAUGUAUGGCAGCUGGUCUUAUAAUGGUGGCUCAUAAGUCUGGAGGUCCCUUACUUGAUAUUGUUGAGACGUCCGAAGGUUCACAAAACGGCUUUCUUGCCACAGAUGCUGUUGAAUAUGCGGCUUGUAUUUUGAAUAUAAUCUUAAGCCCUGACGAAGCCAACCAAAACAUUAUAGAUGCAGCAAGGUCAUCUGUGGCAAGAUUCUCCGAAGAGGAAUUCGACAAACAAUUUUUGCGUGCAAUUUCGACUCUAUUUAAUUAACUCCAAACAGCAAUAAUAAAUAUAACAAAUAAAAAAU